GCGCUGAUUUCCGCAGAUUUCCGUGUUUCAUGAAAUACAGGAUCACGAUUACUCCAAUAAGUUUUUGUAAUAUCAGCUUUCCUGGGGAAAUUAUAGAAUGAGACACGAUUAAGUGAUGUUUUUUUAUUAACUUGAUAUUUAUACUGUCUGUUACAACGUGCCAAGGAAAUACGGAAUGGAGAAUAACCUCAGUCGAAGUGGGAGCCGAUCGAGUUCUGUAUGUGAACUUGAGAAGGAUCUCAGCGAUAUGAAAAUAAUUAAAUCUAGGACAAAUCCACGCAAUACUGUGGGUUCCGCACGAAAAGCAAAACGAAUUAGAUUUUUUCGAAACGGUGACAAAUUUUAUUCCGGAGUUACGAUUCCAGUCUUGCCAGAACGAUACAGAUCAUUUGAUAGUUUGACUGCAGAUUUGACUAGGGCAUUAGUUGAUAAUGUUACUUUACCAAGUGGUGUAAGAACAAUUUAUUCACUUGAAGGUAGAAAAAUAGGAAAAUUAGAUGAUCUGGAGGAUGGACAAUCUUAUGUGUGCAGUGGUUUCGGCGAACCUUUUAAACGGUUAGAUUACGAAGCUAGUGCUAUAACGCCACAAUCUUUUAGACUUAGCGGCCCUGAGUCUUUAAAUGAUAGUGCCAGUCCGUCACCCGCAAGAGCUAACAAUAAACCGUCCCGUUACUCACUAACAAAUGGUAGCAAUAACACUACUGGUAAUGGGACGGCGCGAGUGAGUCCUGCGGGAGACAAUGUGGUCCGACCACGUAUAGUCACAAUUAUUAGGAAUGGAGUUAAACCACGGAAGGUAUGUAGGUUACUUUUAAACAAGCGGAACAGUCCGACGCUAGAGCACGCGCUGGCCGCCAUUACUGAGUGCAUCAAACUGGACACGGGAUGUGUGAGGAAAGUGUUUACACAAUCGGGUACUGCUGUCUCCGCUUUGCACCACUUCUUUGAGGAUGAAGAUGUCUUCUUUGCUUAUGGAAAUGAAAGGGUUAAUCAAGAAGAUUUUGAAUUAGAAUUUGAAGAAAGCAAAGCUGUCUUACAAUGCAGAAAAACCCCAAUCUCAAGAAAUUCCAGAUGUGGUCCGAAGCCGCGUAUGCCGGUGAAGGCGAGCGGCGCGGCGGCGGCGGCGGCGGGCGGCGCGGCGGGCGGGGAGAGUCGCGACGCGGAGCACGCCGCCGCCGCGCAGCUGCUGCCGCACCCACUACGACUGAAGUACUCCGUUGGAAAAAUUAUUGGCGACGGCAACUUUGCUGUUGUACGGAUAUGCAGAGACAAGAAUACCGGCAAGGAGUAUGCUCUGAAAAUAAUUGACAAAGCGAAAUGCAAAGGCAAGGAGCAUUAUGUAGAAGCUGAGGUCCGAGUAAUGAGAAAGCUAUGCCAUCCGCGCAUUGUGUCCCUUAUAGAGGAGCAAGACUGCCCCGAGUGGCUCUUCCUAGUUAUGGAACUUGUAGGCGGUGGCGACCUGUUCGACAGUAUAGACGAUUACGACGAGAGCUGCGACUUCCGCACGUGGUAUGACGAAGACUCGUCAUAG